AUGGUAAAACGAGUCCUCGUUGGAUAUGGCAUUGAUGUCGAUGCAGUGAGUGGUUGGAUCAACACCUGCUCAGGCGCACCAGCCGGACCAACAGAUGUCUCUCGGGGCAUCUUCGGCGCAACGGUUGGAAUCGAUCGCAUCCUGAAAUUGCUGGACAAGUACGGGAUCAAAGCGACGUGGUUUGUCCCAGGACACUCGGUGGAAUCGUUUCCGGACCAGAUGAAUAAAGUGCGGGAUGGUGGGCAUGAAAUUGGUUUACAUGGAUAUUGCCACGAGUUCGUCGCCACGCUGGGCGAGCAACAGCAGCGCGAUGUGAUGGGGAAGUCAAUUGAUGUCCUCACGAAGUUUACUGGCAAGAAGCCUAGAGGAUGGACUGCGCCUGCAUGGGACACUUCGAAGCAGACGGUAAAAGUUCUCGAGGAGUUUGGCAUCGAAUACGACCAUUCCUUUAUGCACCAUGACUGCCAGCCCUACUACGUCCCAAAUGGCGAAGAAAGGUGGAAAGAAACAAACGUGCAGAAUGAAGCAUCGACCUGGAUGGAGCCCAUGUCAAGGAUAACGCCGAGCAAAAUUGUGGAAAUCCCAGCAAACUGGCACCUGGAUGACUGGCCUCCGUUCGUUGUCAGCUUCAAAGGGCACGCUUCUCAGGGGUAUGUAAGUCCGGACGUGAUUGAGAAUCUGUGGAAGAAGCAGUUUGAUUACUUCUAUCGCGAGUAUGAUACGUUUAUCUUCCCUAUGACUAUCCAUCCGCAGGUUAGUGGCAAGCCGCAGGUGAUCCUGAUGCAUGAGAACAUCAUCGAGUAUAUCAACUCGCAUGAGGGAGUUGAAUGGGUGACGAUGGAGCAGAUGGUGGAUGAAUUCAAGUCUGGGAAGAUUCCUGGGGCUGUUGUGGAAGGAGGAGUUUAA